UGAGGAAGCGCGCGGCGCCCUGGCCGGCGCGAGCUUCUGCCCGCGCUGAACAUGAGGGCGACGCCGCGAUGCUGAUUGGCCGAACGGCCGAGCCCCGCCCUCGCGCGCUCACUUCCGCCUGGAAGCCUGGCCCGGGCGUGUGGGGACGCCGCCAUGGGGCGGGGGGAGGCGUGGGGGCCGGCGGGCGCCCGCCCCAGACACCCUGGGACCUGGAGGGCAGGAUCUUGGAGGCCAGCAGCAGCCAGGAGCUCAGAAUGACCAGGAGAAAGCGGCGUUGGUUGCCCAUCGGUUCUCCUCCUCUGCAAGUUCACUAGAAGGGAGCCAUGCAGGACAAACGAAACAUCCAGAUCAUCGAAUGGGAACAUCUGGACAAGAAGAAGUUCUAUGUGUUCGGCAUCUGCAUGACCAUGAUGAUCCGGGUGAGCGUUUACCCCUUCACGCUCAUCCGCACGCGCCUGCAGGUCCAGAAGGGCAAGAGCCUCUACAAUGGCACUUUCGACGCCUUUGUCAAGAUUUUGCGGACGGAGGGGGCGUCCGGGCUGUACCGUGGCUUCCUGGUCAACACCUUCACUCUCAUUUCGGGCCAGUGCUAUGUGACCACCUACGAGCUCACCCGCAAGUACGUGGCAUGCUACAGCAAUAGCAACACGGUCAAGUCACUGGUGGCUGGUGGCUCGGCCUCGCUGGUGGCUCAGAGCAUCACAGUGCCCAUCGAUAUAGUCUCUCAGCACCUCAUGAUGCAGCGUAAAGGCGAGACGAUGGGCAGAUUCCGUAUCCAGAACUCAGACUGUAAGCGGGCCCUUGUCUUUGGCCAGACCAAGGAGGUCAUUGUGCAGAUCUUCAAGGCUGACGGGUUGAGGGGCUUCUACAGGGGCUAUGUGGCCUCUCUGCUCACCUAUAUUCCCAACAGCGCUGUGUGGUGGCCCUUCUAUCACUUCUAUGCAGCUCUCACGCCUGACUCCAAAAGACUGUCCACACCUCCUCCUCCAAGCCAUUUCGGGCCCGCUCGCUGCUGCCACGGCCUCCACACUCACCAACCCAAUGGAUGUCAUCCGGGCUCGUGUACAGGUGGAAGGCAAGAACUCCAUCAUCCUCACGUUCAAGCAGCUCAUGGCAGAGGAAGGCCCCUGGGGCCUGACCAAAGGCCUCUCCGCCCGCAUCAUCUCAGCUACCCCUUCCACCAUCGUCAUUGUGGUAGGCUACGAAACACUGAAGAAGCUGAGUCUCCGCCCAGAGUUCAUGGACUCAAGACACUGGUAGUAAACGGUGAGGGAGGAACCUUACAAACCCCAUGUCUUUUGGGCCAUUAUCACAGUUGAAAGCUCAUCGGAGGUGCAGCCAGGUCUUGAUUGCAGGCUUGUCCAGGCUUCACGCCAGAAGAUGGAAGCGUCUGUCUCUUCAGAUUCGGCCGCCAAUCCAACCUGCUGCUAUGAGUUCUGGCUCCAAAAUGCAGCAUCUUUGGCCUGUGAUGAUUCAUUCCCAAGCACCCAAGUGUGCGAGUAAGUCUGACCCAUUUCUGAGCCCCUAUUUUUAAAUUAAAGACUCUAGGGUUUAACACAAUGACAAAGUUUUAGUCUUUACGUGGAUUUUAAUCUUUGCCAAACGUCUCAGCAGGGCGAAUCCCAGCAAACUGUACUGGGGCCCCCAUUGGAAAGUGUGCCAAUAGCAUUGGUUUUGAUAGAGGGGAAUUGGAAAAAUCUGUAAUCUAUUAGUUUGUUUCUAUAAAAAAUGAGCAAAACUCUUUCCAGACACCCACAUUUUUCCUGUAGCAGAUGGGGGAGGAGUGUAGCAGAAGCCUGGCACGGUCUCAGAAGCCGUGCCGACCACUUUCUGAAUAGAUCUGUACAUAAUUUUCUCUUUUUUUGUAUAUUCUUGGAAUCAGUUUCACUUCCUCGCUCUUCUUCCAAAUGUCUGACUAGUAGCUGUUGAUGCGCACUAGAGUUAAGUAUCAUUUGAGUUGGCUUUUCAUUAUAGCCCAUGGCAAUUAUGACACCUACUGCAGAUUUUAAUCAGCUAUAUAUAUAUUUCUUUUAUUUCUGAGUGGGAAGUCUUGUUUAUUGAAGGGACUGCCAGGUUUUUCUGUGGCCUUGUAAAUUGUGAGUGUAAAUAUUCUACGUCCUGUGGAAACGGCUGCUGUUGUCAUCGUCUCCCUGCCCCUGCCCCCCUUGCAGCAUCUUCAGGGACAAACCAAUCCAGAAUCUGGUGGGAACGUCUGAGCAUGGCUGGGACUGGAUUGAGCUGAAGCAAAAUGGGAGGAAGAUGUGUGCUGCUGCCCCACCCCGUGCAGGCUGGAUAGACGUGCAUGUUUUGGCUCCUUGAGACUAAAUAGAUCUGUGCAGGUGAUCAAAGGGAUGGAGAAUUUCCUCUUGCUGUGAGGAGACUUCUUUCAAGCUGGGACUCCUCCCCUCCCUCUUGAUCCAGCUGUAAAGCAGAGUCCCACCUUGGAUUCUGCUGCAUUGGAUUCUGCUGCAUUGGUCACAUUACUCCAGGUUCAUGCCUCAUGACAGGGUGGAAGCCAAGCCAGAAGCGUUGCUGACCCCAGCUUGUCAUAAGAACCAGGGGUGGGUAAGAUCAAGUCUGUUGCUUCUAAGCAGUUGCUUCCACGUGGCUGGUGUAUCUAUUUAGGGCUGGUACCUGGCUACCUGUUGUAGGUCUCACUCUCUUAAUGGAGUAUUCAGUCUUGACUUCUGCUGAUGGGCUCUCCUCUCACUCGAGCUCUGCUGGUCUUUAUAGCCCCCAUGGUGCGGGCUUCUCACAGGCCCCAAACCUCUGCUAUUUGACACCUGCUGCAAUGAAGAGAGUACAGUCAACUCUGGGGUGCAACACAAAUCACCUUCCCCACAAAACAUGAGUAAAUCACUGAAUCUCCAUGUUCCAGGUCACCUGGGGUGUGAUCUGAAGAUGAAACCAUCACUGCAAAGGUGCUAAGACAUCAUGCACUUGGUUUUCAAACUAAGACUGAGCAGGAAGAGAUGCUACAGGUAAAAAAUGUGCCUGGAGGCAACUAGCUGGUACAGUCCAACAUCUUGUCUUGCCUCUAUCCUCUUGUGGGAUCUGUGCAGGAAUACAAAGUGUAGAACUCCCUUCUUCGGCAUACUCCCAUCCUUGAUCUGGUGUACGGUCCCUUAAAAGGAUGGACAAAGGGGGUUUUCACACAAACUUUUGGGGUGAGGGGGCCUGGUUGAAAUGGUGAACCUGGAAAAAGAAAGAGAUUCAGACUUCUUGGGCUUCUCAUCUGCUCCAGGACUUGUGAUGGUAUCGGGGGGGAAAAGGAGCUUCUGUGUGUGUAUACUUGCAAACAUAGUAUGAAGUAUGCCUAACGGUUAUAUAGAUUAAUAUUGUUUGUUAUGUUUUGUCAGCCUCAGCACUUUAAGUGCAAAAGGAAUGACAUCCCAAAAGAAACAAACCAUCCUUCAUUGGAAAACUGGUUUUCCUAACUCAGGCAGGUAACUUGCGGUUUCUAAUGGGUAACUCUUGAAAUCUCAGGAGCUAUGUUGCUCUUGGUAACUCUCCUUGUUCUAAUAAUUGAACGGUGCGCUGCAGAAUUAGUCUAACCGAACAUUGUGUGUUGUGGCUGCUAGAAAUUUUAUCCUAAAGGGACUGAAAAGCACGAGCCAACUGGCCAGAAAUCUCCCGUCACAGGCCCCCACAGUAGCUGUUACUGAAAUCAAGGAGAGAUGGAAUUUAGCUGUAAGGAACUACAUUUCACACCCUACCACUUUUUGAUAGAAUAGCUGAUGAGCUGUUUCCAGCUGGGCCAGAGAAGCUGGUAACACGCUACAAAGGACUGGGCUCUUCAAAUGAGAGACUUCACACCUGAGCCACUGGGACAAACCUGCUGAAAGCAUCACGUGCUUCACAGGAGCCCUUCUCAGUUUGAUUUUUUUUGUUUUGUUUUGUUUUUUCCUCCUUGCUAAAAGAUAUUUGUGUUUGAAACCUGCUCUGCUUCAGAAGAGCUGAUUCUGCAAUGAUGGUGCUAAUCCUGUCUUUGGAUGCUGCACACGGUUCAACUGUGGGACAGUCUCAAGCCUUGAUCUGCAAGAGGAGAUGGGGUACUGGGAUCUGGGGACACAUACCUGCCAGGAGGAAGGAUAAGAAGCUGCUUCAUUUUUAAGGGACACUCUCACAUUUGGGUUAAUGAGAUGAGAGCACCCACAGUCCUUUAGAUAAUUAAAACCCAAAACUCUAAAGGGAUGCAUUUUGUUUGGAACCUCAUCAGUUACGAUAUGAAUUCUGAGCGCUCUACUUCCUCUUGGGUCUUUUGCCAAUCUCCGUGGUCUCACAGGUGCACUUUCUUCUUUGAAGACUUCGCUUUCCCACAGCACAGCAGGCGAGAAACUGUGACGCAGCAAAAAAGGAUUGUGUGUAAUAUUAAAACACAUUGGAAAAAACAUUACUGCCAUGUGUAGCACCCAGAAGUGACUUGACCCUCUCUUCUGAAACAGACUUGAUCUCAAGUGAGUGGUGCCCCUCCAUAGUGCCAUCCAGUUGAACUAGCUGGGAUUUAACUCCAACAAGGGGCAGAAUAACUUUGCAGAAAAACCUGAUUAAUCUCUCUUUCCUGGAGUCCAACAGGCAGCUCCUGCAAUCUCAUACCCACCUCAAAUUAUUCCUUCUCGUCCCCACAUCCUUCAGACUUAAUUGAUCACUUUUAUUUAAUGACCAAGCCUAAUUCUGUUUCAUUCGGUCUUUUAAGAUCUGACUCAGGUGGGGGUUUACCCCAGGGAUUUCCCAGUAGAAUAGACAGUGUCUUCUAUUCAUCAGCCCUUCUGCUCAUGGCUAGAUCAUUCUUUGCUGUCGUGGCAGAUAAAUCAAAAGGGAAUUGAAGCACCUUUAAUUUAUAUUGGUUGGUUUUGGGUUUCUUUCCUUUUUGUUGGUUCUGCUCCAAUGUCCCCUGGAGCAAAUCUGUUCUUUAUCUGCUGUGACCAUUUGCGGUGGUACGGUACCUGCCUUCCUUGAAGUUUGCUUAUCUGUUAUAGGAUAUUGUCAAGUUAGUCUCGUGACCUCUCUCCCUCCAGUCUUUCUGAUAUACUGCUGAUUUUAACAUGCAGUAGAUGAUUCCCCUUCUGGUAUCUGGUGAGCAGGUGUAAUCGUUUCCUGAUGAGAUCUGUGCAUGUCUUAACCCCAAGUGCAAACACCUGUAGGUAACUUCAUAAGCAUUUAGGCCUGAGAGGAUGGCACACUUCUGAUCUUGCUGUCUUUGAAAAUAUGGGGGUGCCAUCUGAACUGUCUCAUACCUAAAUACUGGUGCAUAAGAUGAAAUCUGGGAAAUGGGUCUUAGCAACACUUCCAUUGUUUCAAAAUAAUUGUGAUGCUGGAAUCAAGGGUCUCCAUGAGAUGGCUUUUUGGAACAGGGUGUGGGGAGUGGAAAAGGUCUGUAAGCUAUGUCUUGACUAGCCUGCCUGCGUCCACCGCAGUGGGAGUACAGAACAAUAUGACUUGGUGCCUGCUCUGCAAUUCGAUACUGAGUGAAUGUAUUGUGUAUAUUAAACAGGUUUCACUGUUUGCACUGUAACAAGUCUUGGAAGUCUAAUUAAAGUUUUUAUUAUUUAUUUCA